UACCGAUGAAGGGAAGCGCCUGGAAAGCCGAGCGUACUUGCGUCUUGCCACGCAGGCACACGCAACAGUCAACCGAACCCACCCCAGUGCGAAAGUGGAAUAGGCCCAACUUGUCGCAAAUCCGCGUAGUUGGCGAUUGCCGUUAGCUUGUUUAGCUUACGUGGACGUCAGCGCACCAUGGACCUGCCACAUCAUGGGUACCGACCAACAAAGACAAGAGCCCGUGCACCUCCACCAUCAGCAGACCCCCUGCUGUUUGAUGACACCAGCUCUUCACAGCCAGCCAUGAACAGUCAGGGAUACUACACCCCGGGUUACAGCAUGGCAGCCCCCAUAGGUGGCCCUCAAGUAGACCCUGCAGGAAACAAUCUGUUUGCAGACCCGAUGGCCAAUGCCGCCAUGAUGUAUGGUUCAACACUGGCCAAUCAGGGAAAGGAUAUGGUUAACAAAGAGAUCAGCAGAUUCAUGUCCAUGAACAAGCUGAAGUAUUUCUUUGCCGUGGACACCAGAUAUGUCGUGAAGAAACUUAUGCUCCUAAUGUUCCCAUACACACAUCAGGACUGGGAAGUUCGUUACCAUCGGGAUACUCCUAUGACGCCAAGACAUGACGUGAACGCACCUGAUCUUUACAUACCGACAAUGGCGUUCAUUACGUACAUUCUACUUGCUGGAAUGGCCCUCGGCAUUCAACAAAGAUUCAGUCCAGAGGUGCUUGGACUGUGUGCCAGUACGGCUCUGGUCUGGAUCAUCAUCGAGGUGCUGGUGAUGCUGCUCAGUCUUUACCUGCUCACCGUGCACACCGACCUCUCCACGUUUGACCUCCUUGCUUACAGCGGAUACAAAUACGUUGCGAUGAUUCUCACCGUGUUGAGUGGCUUACUUUUUGGCAGUGAUGGCUAUUUUGUGGCUCUUGCCUGGUCCUCUUGUGCCAUCAUGUUCUUUAUAGCUCGCUCGUUGAAAAUGAAGAUUCUCUCCUCACUGUCUACUGAUUCGAUGGGUGCGGGAGCCAGUGCAAAACCUCGACUCCGCCUCUAUAUCACAGUGGCUACCGCUGCCUUUCAGCCAUUCAUAAUCUAUUGGCUAACCUCACACUUGGUCAGGUGACAAUAAGGGGCAGAUCACACCAAAGGCUAAUCGUGCUGGAUCUAAGAAGACCCCUGUUAAGCCAUUAAGACAUGUGCUUAAUUCAUUAAAAGUUGAAUACACCUGCCAGUUAUGAUCCCCUGUCAACUUAUAAAACAUAAAUGUUGAGAUUCUUGUGAGCUUGUUUGAAGUGUUGAUGGCAUUUUCAAUGAUUUACCAGCACAGUAAAUUAAUAUUGCCUACUAAAAGCUUGUAUUUUACAAAUUGUGCUUCACUGGAAAAUGCGUAUUUUCUGAUCGACAGCAUUUUAGUUGAAGACUUUCAUUGUGAUUUUCAAAGGGAUUUUUGAUUCCAUCUUCGCCUUUAUAAAUAUAAAAUAUUUAUAAAAUUGUAUUCAAACAGUGGUUCCUGGUACUCACAAAUCCUCACAAUAUACACACAUUAUCUGAGUAACUUUAUCUAAUCACGUUUUCAUAAUCAAUAGGCCUACCAUCAGUUGUCUGAUAUUGUCUUGGGUAUUAUUUUUAUUUAUCAAAACGGCAUGAUCAGUUUGUUUUAUAGUUUUUUUCUAGAAAACAGUUAUUUACCGUUUUAACUUUUGUUUAUAUAUUAAAGGCCUUCUUUAAAAAUGUUUUGU